CUCACCAUCUUAUUCUUCUUCAUCCAUAAAUUAUAAUGAUAUUGUUACCGAGUUUAUGUUGUGGAAUAACUACUCGCCCAUAUCAUCUCAAGAUCUGAAUAAGGAGGAGGUUUUCUUUAAGAAGAUUGUUUUAUCCUCAGCCCCGUCCCCGUCCCCAUUCCCUUCCAAUCAUCAUCUUCAUAUUGAAAACACCAAUAAUAAUAGUAAUAAUAAUAAUAAUGAGGAGAGUACUUGUUCUUGUGAUUGCACUGUUAUGGCCAUCCAAGGUUACAAGCAAUACAAACUCGCCUUCUGCAAAAUUGGGGAUACUUCAUGGACUGCCUUAAAUGGAGCAGCAACAGGAUACAAUGAUGUCAUCUAUUUCAGCAAGGAACAAACUUUUUAUGCCUUCUCCCACGGUGAUGAAAUAAUAGAAGCUUGGGAUCUCAGUAACCCUGCCUCUCCAAAGAAUACUAGCAUUAUUUCUCAUUUGCCUCCUUGGGUACACCCCACAAUGGACGAACACCAAAGCCUGCUCAGACGUGUUUGGGAUCCCGAUCAUUAUCUAGUGGAGUCUUCCGGUGAGUUGUUGAUGGUUGUUAGGUACUAUAAGGAUGGUAAACAGAUAAAGACCAUUCUAUUUGAUGUGUAUAAGCUAGACUUUGUUAACAAGGAGUGGCUACUCUUGCCAAGUCUGGGCAACAGGGCACUAUUUGUCGGCCUUAACGACUCUGUCUCUGUCUCUGCCUCUGAUUUUCCCGGGUUGGCCAUGAAUUGUAUUUACUUCACUAAUCCUGGCAUACUCCCCGAAGACUUUCACGAUUUGGGUAUCUUCAACUUGGAAGAUAACACCAUCACUCCAAUUUAUGAUUAUGACUUGAAGAUUCAACUGCCUUCUAUCUGGAUUGUGCCACCUCAGCAAUGAAGAAAAAUGGAGCCCGCCUCUGUUAAACAGGUCAUUUACUUUGGACGCAACAACCUACUAAAUUUUGUCAAACCCUAUACAUGAUUGUCCUUGCUCGCCGCUCCUCACAGCUUAACCCCGCUCGGAUCGGAGUCUCCGUCGACCAUUGAACCAGACUAUUGGUAGCUAUUUCUUUCUCUGACUCUAUCUCUCUUUCUUUUUCACUCUUUGUUCAGUUUUUAUUUUUAUUUUUUAUAUUAUGUAUGUUGAUUUUUUUUUUAAUUAUUAUUAUUAUUUUGUUGAUGUUACUAGCCAAUGAGAUUGUGUAUUAUUUUGAUUUUUCCUUUUCUUCUUUUUCAAUCCGAAAUUAUGCAGAUUGUGUAUUCUUCUUGACUCUCCACUGCUAUAUUCUAAUUUUUCUUUGUAUUUGUUGUGAAUUUUUCAUAGGUAUUUGUUUGUUUAGAAAUCUAAAUUUUUCAUGGUCAUCUUUUCAUAGUGUAGAGAUGAGAGAGAGAGAGAAAGAGGAAGUUGAGAGAAACCCAUUUCACUUCUUGGGUGGUCUCCUAUUAGGGUUAUAGUUGUGACAAUUUUAAGGGUUGUUCUUACUUUUAAAUCUAUACUGAUAUAUUAUUUUAUUCAGAUUUUGCAUGCUUUCUUUGCCAGUUAGUCAUUAUGAACUUGAGUUAUUUUCACUUCAAAUUCUUCUACUUUCUGUUAUAUUAUUAUGAUUUUAUGCUAGGAUAAGUUGUGAAUGCAA